UAAGUGGCGGUGCAACAGAUGUGAAGAAGUUUUUUCACUCUCCGACUCCAGCGGUUUGGCAGCCGUUAUGCGCGAGCAGCGAUGAAAGAAGCACAGCUGCACUUCUAUGAAGACAAAAAACGGACUUAUGGACGAAGGGCUGAUGACCAUUCGAGGCAGAGGUUUACUGAAGUAACCGAGACGCUAACGACAAAUACCAUCUCCCGUGAUUCUGGAGCGAGCUUUAAUUUUGCUUUUAACGCUCAGAUUUUUUAAAGUGUUUUUAAACAUUUAUUUAUAUUUUAUGACAGAGAACGGGCAUUUCUGAGCUCCACUGUCCCUGUGCGUAACCGUGCGCUUCUGUAUAAUCACUGCAUGUCCAUUUGUCGUGGAGCAGUGUCACAAUAAAAGCCCCGCGCAGCGCUCGCGCUGCUCCAGAGCGCGUGUUUUGUGCGGGAGAUGUGGCGCGCGGCGCGGCUGCAGCGUCUCGUGCCACUGAGCGUCUCCGAUGAGAGCGGCGCGGCGCCGGAGGCUCGAGCUACCAGGCUGCACGCUCGCGCUCAAUGCACGCGCGCCUCACUUCAUGCCGGUGGCACGCGGGGCCGUGCCACUUCCCUCUGUCCCAUGGCGCGGAGGACGCAGUGAGCAUGGUGGAGGCGACGGACGGAGCUCUGAGGAACGCUUCAGUUGGAGAGGGGCGCAGCAAGAGCCUGCCUUUCCCCUGGGUGGUCACGCUACUGUCCAGCGUGCUCAUCACCACCAUCGUCGUGGACGUCCUGGGCAACCUGUUGGUCAUCGUGUCGGUGUUCCGAAACAGAAAACUCAGGAAAGCAGGGAAUGCCUUUGUGGUGAGUUUGGCUGUAGCAGAUCUAGUAGUGGCCAUCUACCCUUACCCACUGGUCUUGACUGCUAUCUUCAAUGACGGUUGGAUUGCAGGUAACAUCCAUUGCCAAAUCAGUGGCUUCCUGAUGGGGCUCAGUGUUAUUGGCUCUAUUUUCAACAUCACUGGCAUCGCCAUCAACCGCUACUGUUACAUCUGCCACAGCCUUAAGUACGACAAGCUCUUCUCCAGCAAGAACACUGUGUGCUACGUGAUCCUGGUCUGGUCACUAACCAUCUUGGCCAUCGUGCCCAACUGGUUUGUGGAGUCCCUGCAGUAUGACCCACGGGUGUACUCAUGCACCUUUGCCCAGUCGGUCAGCUCACUUUAUACCAUAACGGUGGUGGUGGUGCAUUUCAUCCUGCCCAUCAGCAUUGUCACUUACUGCUACCUGCGCAUCUGGAUCCUGGUCAUUCAGGUUCGCAAGCGGGUCAAGCCCGACAUCAGGCCUAAGAUCAAGCCGCAUGACUUCCGUAACUUUUUGACCAUGUUUGUGGUGUUUGUGCUGUUCGCCGUGUGUUGGGCGCCGCUGAACUUCAUCGGCCUGGCAGUGGCCAUCUACCCUAGACUGGGCCAGGCCAUACCUGAAUGGCUUUUUACAGCCAGCUACUUCAUGGCUUACUUCAACAGCUGCCUGAAUGCGGUUAUCUAUGGUGUCCUCAACCACAAUUUUCGAAAGGAGUACAAAAGGAUUGUGCUUGCUGUUUUCAAGUUCCAUUGUUAAGGAUUUUUUCAAAGAGGAGACAAGCACUGUGACUUAACUGGACAAAGAGAACAGUAUUCAAACAGACAGGCACUGACUGAAAGAGAAGUAAUGGUGCAACUAUUGACAGCGGUGUUUGGGAUGGGUACACCCCUGUCAAAUAACUUGUUUCGCUGUUUGCUUUUUAUUACAAAAUAUUACAAAAUACAUGGACACAUACAGUCUUAUGUUUGAGUGUGUUCCUUGUACAUCCUUAUGUUUGCACAGAGUGAUUAAUGUAUGAUUCAAAAACGUAUAUUUGGCAGAUUGUCAUGAUAACCAUCUAAAUGUGCAAGAGAACUCAUCCUUAUGAUAAAUGCUGCUGGAAUCUCUGAGGAAAAGGGCUGGGUAUCGGCAAAAAAUUUCAAUGUCAAUACCAGUACCAAUAUCUUGAGUACAAUACCGGUGCCUGAAUGCUACUGUUUUCAGUACCUUCUUUUAAAUUACAAAGCAGGUAUGGCUUAAACCAGAAAUUAGUGUAAAAUGCUAGACAUGAGCAUAUUAACUAAAAAGAUUGAGGGGUUCACUUUACUGUAAGGCAUUGUUCAUAAGGCUACAUUACACCCACAAAAACACAUCAUGACAACUGCCAUAAACUUAUAUAAACAUUUAAAGUGUUUGUAUAUCUUUUGUAUACAUAAUGCUACUGAUGUGACAUGACAUUUCGCCCCAGAAAAACCUAAUGUCUAAGGUCAACGUCACCUGAUUUAGAUGUUACGACUUCAAAUCUGGCAAUGAAUCCUUUAUGACAAAUGAUGCUUACUGGAAUAAGUGUUUUAUGUCAGUUGUCAUAAAAUGCUUAUGUAGGUAUCAGCCUUAUUAACACUACCCUGCAGUAAAGUGUCACCUUGCAGGGUUGCCUACGGGGCCUAUCACAAUCAUUCGUUUUUAGCAGAUGUUUAAUUAUAAAUAAAUGUGAUUGACAACUUAA